UGACUAGUUCAACGUUGCCGCCACUAUAGAGCUUCUUUGCUUUCCGUGGAUGCUGUCAUUGGGAGUGAGCACAGAGUGACGAUAUCAACUCGGAAAGCGAUCUCGCAGCGAGUUCACUGAGUCUCGUAAUUUUCCGAGUCGAGAUGAGAGCUGUAGCUGUGUCAGAACGGUGAAUAUGGAAAGGAAAAGAACACACUAGUGCGCAAUCGAAAGCUCCGUGAAACAACAGAGGCCAUGAAUCAACACCAAGUCCUCACGGGAGCCGUUAACCCCGGGGACUACUGCUACUCGGUGGGAUCAGUUGAAGGAGUUCCGUUCACGGUCUAUGCUGCGGGCUGCAAUAUCGUUAUUUUAUCAUCAGAGCUCGAAAGAGUUCAAAUCAUAGCAGGAGUAUGCCAUGGGAACGUUCAGGUGACCUCCCUGGAUUGCUCGAACGAUGUUGGGAAAAUCGGGGCAGCAUAUGGCAAAAAGAUUUCCAUAUUCGAACCAUCGCCACUUCUGAAUCAGAGUUCUACCCAUAAACUCGAUUAUCGAUGGGUCGAGACGGCUUCAAUCGACGUAGGCAGUCAUAUCAAGGUUAUUUCUUGGAACAUAUCCGCAACGCGCCUCCUCGUAGCUACGGAAGGGAGUCUCGAACUAUGGAAUUACCUGCCGAAAGAAGAAUCUGCUGCAGGUGUGAAGUUUACUAUGGGCGAGGACGAGGAGGAGGAGCAAACUUCACCCUGGUUGAAAUCUUGGUCGACAAAGACUUCGGCUCCGGUACAUUUCCUGAAGUUCGCAAACGAUGGUACAAUGUUCGCUAGCGCUGCUAGGAACGAUCGUCUUGCCAAAAUUUGGUAUGAAACUUGUGACUCCAAUGGAGAGAAGAAACCGCAGCAGAAGCUCUUCAGUUUUGUAUACCUUCCGCAUCCACGUGCCGUAACAGCGCUCUCGUGGCGUCACACCUCGAAAUAUAUGCCGCGUGGUUGCGUCGCGAAUAUGUUGGUCACCUCCUGUAAGGAUAAUAUCUGCAGAUUGUGGAGUCAGACCCUUCUGCCCGAAGAUGGACUGAUCAAUCUCAAUCAGAUAGAAGCCUUGGCGAACCAACAACCUCGACUACACCGCCACAAAAAUAAAAUCAUGAAUAAACUCAAACACAUCAAGUCAUUGAGUGAACACAAGGGAAAAUCUUCCUUUGGAUCCUCGGUCCCGUUGGCUAGCGACGUGAAUGGUGUGCCACUGGAACCUUUGCCUUCACUCCCUAGUUCGUACUCGAUCAACGAUUUCCACAAUUUCGCUCUGCAAGGCAGCGGAGUUGCUCCUGGAAUACAUUUCCAUCUCGCGGCUUCAAUAAACGCGGAAUCAGAUAUCCCUUUGGUUCCUGCGAUGCGCUCCGAUGAAGACAGAGCCGACGACGCAGGCGGACAUUUCGUACUCCACUGGCUGAAUAACAAAGAAAUCUGCUUCAGUCGAGGUGCCGAAAAGUUGCUCCACGAUGUGUCUGUCAGAGCAUUCAAGGAGGCGCUAGAGAAGCAAACGAAAGCCGAACAGGCAGAGGAGCCGUCGAAAAUCAGCGAUAACCAACCAGCUGACGACGCGAGCUUAUCCGAAAAGUCUCCCACAACAGCGGCAGCGAACAGCAAGUCGGAGGCGAAGAUCUCGCACUCGAAUUCAAGCAUCUCAAAUGGCUCGGCCACGGGCCAGACAGCGACCAAAGAGGCUCCCAGGGAGCCGGAUCAUCGUCUUGGAGAAGCCCUCGAAAGCAAACUGGAAGCUCUAUUGAAACAGUGGCACCGGAGCUGUGAUCUGCUCUUCUCGGUGCAUCCUAUCGACGGAAGCUUCCUAGUUUGGAUCGUGGAAUACCUCGACGAAUCGAUCCCCGGCGCAUUCCGUCAGCCGCAAGUCAGUUUCACGUCCCGAAUUUCCAACGCCAUCGCUCUCGGAGACGCCGGGACCAUGUCCCAGAAUAUUUCGCUGUACCUUCCAACCGCCGGCCUCGACCUGAAGACUGUUCUCAAGGGACUCGGGGCUCUUGAGAGCACGGGCGAUGCUGCGAAAGAUUUAAUGUUACAAGCGAAGGAGUGGACGUGUACUCCGACGGUGUCGAUGAUCUCAAAACAUUCGAACGGUUCGCUGAACCUCUGGUAUCUCACCUUCAGCGACGAGGAACAGCUGACGCAGGUCCUGAGCGUGACACAUUCCAACAAGAGGGUCUGCGGUCAUCGUUUCCGCAUUAAUGACAUCACGUGUCAUCCCGCACUCCCCUUACUGCUGACCACGUCGCAUCAUAACUCACCGCAGAGCGUUCUGUCGCCAACCUCCGAACAAAUGAACAAGAACGGCGGUUUUUGCUCUGAAUUGAUCCUGUGGAAAGUUGAGAGCGUAGGUCCACUGAGUAAAUCCGGCGGCAUCGCCGAACUCGCCAGAAUCAACAGCUUCCACCUCUCGGCGUUCUCGAACGUCGCGUGGAUCCCCACUCUGCUGCCUUCGACAACGCUGGGCACGAUUUCGAACUCGCCCUCGGCAUGUUUCGUCGCUUCCGAUGGAACGAGGCUGCGAGUUUAUCAAGCUCUCAUCGACGCGAGAUCUCUCCUGGCCGAGUUGACCAUGGCGCGGAAGCGACAACAGGCCGACACUCUGAGUGUCAGUUCCGUGGCCACAUCGGUCUCGUUUGACGACGGACCCCACAAGAUCGGUCACAGCGUCAUGGAUGGCUUCAACAUCGUCUCACUUCAAUCUACGGCGCGACCGGGCUGCAUAAUUGAACUUGACGCCAUAAACGACGCUGUUGCGGACUGGCAGCACACUCAGCUACUUCACGUUUUCCAGGAAUCAUUGGUCUUGGGCAAUUGCGAAGAGAGUAAGCUAAACUUCUUGAAAGGAGGGGAGAAAGCGAACAAGUCCUACGUCGACCUGAAGAGCACAGCCACUUUUUGCGAACCGUUCUAUCUGGUCGUCAUCGAGAAGAACGAUUCGAAAAGCAUCCUCCACAUGUGGAAGCUCACCAUUGCCUCCCAAGAAGAGGAUUCCCAACGGAACGCUCCUGAUACGGUCGACAACAACCACACCGCGACCCAGAAACUCGAACCAACGCAAGCUGGAUCGAAUCGUAAGUGUCCGGGAAACCGGCUCAGAGCUCCUCGGAGUGUUUGUUGUUCAGCCCCCUUCGUCGGUGUGAGCGAUGCCAAAGAUUCUCGUAGAUCGUCGAGGAGUUCCACGCCCGACCAUUCAGAACACUCGGUCCACGCGUCACCUCUGAAAAUUGUGACAGAGAAACUAUGCGAGCAAGUCCUGUCGCUCCCUGACAAUGUUGAGAUCGUGCACGCGGAGCCCAGUGCUGGACAUUUGAGCUCUACAAACAUCUACCCAGCGUGUCUCGCGCCGUAUCUCAUCUCCACGGCGUGCAGCGAUGGUCGAACGCGAUUCUGGAAGUGCGCUCAGGACGAGGACGGCCAUUUGCGUUGGGAGGAGUGGCGCAUGGUGCUCCACAGCACCGAGUCGGCAAUCGAAGUAGACGGCAGACCUCUUGCCGUUUCUGCCGCUUAUUCCGGCCGGGUGGCCGUCGCUUUCAAAGUUGGCUCCUCUUUCACGAGACCGACGAAGGGCAGCGAAGACGCUCGUUACGUGAACCUGGCGGUGUCUAUUUACGAAUGUGAGAGCACCGGAGGAUCCGAAUGGAUGCUCGAAGAUACCAUCCGAUUCCGGAACGUCAAAUUACCGAAAGUAUACUGUGGCGAAGGAACGGCCGACGAUGUCGACCUGUGCUCGAUGUACGACGCGAAUUUACGCAACCGCGUUCAAAUGGAUCACAUAGUGAAGAAACUCACCAACUCAUCUUCGAAGAGUGACUUGAGUCGCAUGCUAUCCGUCCCAAGUUAUGCGACCCUGCAAACUUUGAAGAAGUCGAUCAUUGAACAAGGGAACCAAUGCGUAUUGACGCAGAAAUCCCUGAUGCAGCUCGACUGGGUGUCGUCGGAAGAUGGUUCCCAUAUCCUGACCGUCGCUUUAGGGCCGAAGGUGAUGCUGUAUGCGCCCGUCUCAUACGAUAUCGCGCAGUGCAAUGCUGCGCCAUCUUCUACGAGCGCGUCAUCCGGAACCACGUUCCACCGGCCACUCCUCAAGCAGAGGUCAUCCAUGGCGCCCCAGAUCGAAACCAGUCGACUGCGUUGGAUGCAAAUUCGGGGCUUCGAACUACGUACGGCUGACGGUUUGCCGGCGCUACCGAUGCAGCUAUCUUGGGUUCGCGACGGAAUCCUGGUCGUGGGAAUGGACAACGAGAUGCACGUCUAUUCCCAGUGGAAGCCCCACAGGAGAGCUCUGACCGAAGAUAACGUCAUACACAAGAACACCGAAGAGACCUUCAACGAUCCGAUUUACACCAAGAGGUGUUUGCAAGAGGACGACCUUUUGAGUCGAGUGCAGGAAACCCAGCUGCGGAUGGGCAGCUCGGCGAACCUCACGAGGAACGCUUCGUCUCAAGUAAUGAACAGCUCGGUGGCCGCUUCAGCUGCCGCCGUCACGGCGAAAGGCGACAAAACCUCACUGCAGAGUGAGAUGAACGUCAGAGAAAUGCUUCCCGAUUUCGGAUUGUUCGAAACAAGCCGUCUCGCCUGUCCCAUGCUUCCCCAAUACCACCCCAAACAGUUGAUGGAACUGUUAGCCUUUGGAAAAAUCAAACGCGUCAAGGCCAUUCUGGCGCACCUGGUACGAUGUUUACAGAGAGGGGCUGAGCAACAAGAACGCCCGACAUUGUCGCAAGACGGCUGGUCGAAAAGUCGAACUUAUUCGCUCGCUGCGCCGUCCGGGUCCACUCCGCAGGCCUCUCCCGGUGCGACCGACAACGUUUUCACAGAGGGGAUCCACUUAGACUAUGUCGAGAUCACCUCUGUUCCACCCCUGCCACUCCACAAGCUCCUUGACGCCGACACGCAAGUGUACACCCACGAUAAGAACAAUGCCGACAAGAGCUCCACGUCGUCGGAAGCCGCUCCGACGACGACGGCCGCGACUUCGGCAUCGACCGCGCAGAUGAACAGCGUGGGACAGGCAAACGACUACUCGAUACUGUUCGAAGAAACUCACAAUUUUAACGCUCUUAACGAGGACUCGACCGGUCGUCCCAGAACACAGUCAUCGUCAGAACGGAGGAGGAAUCCUAAUCAUUUCGGCACGCAGCAAGCCAGCAUUCUCACUCAGGUUUUAACUCACUGCAGUCUCCCCGGACUGUCGAGUCUCGAUCAAGUACACCUAUUGGCCCUUGCGGACUCGGUCGCUUCAUUCCAGUCCAGUAUUACGGAACGAUUUUCUCAGCAAGCGACAGUAUCAACGACGAAACAUGACUCUCACCAUUCGUACGUCAACGUCGAGGCCGCCACAGAGGCCCUCGACGACUCAGGUCUUCGCUAUUUACUAGCGACGAGACAUCACACCUACCUCCUGCGUUGCCUGCCCUUAUCGGAGCGAGCGGCUCUGCAGAAGCAGGGUCUGCCCCCACAUUCCGUUGUAUGGGCGUUCCAUUCGGAAACGCAGGAAGAACUAGUGCAGCUGGUUCUCAAUCAAAACAAUCUAAAAUGGGCUGAUCUCAAGGACCUGGGAGUCGGAUGGUGGUGCAAGAACAACGCCAGUCUGAAGAAACUCAUUGAACGAGUGGCGAAGAGCGCGUUCCAGAAGCAUCAGAACCCUCUGGACGCUUCGUUCUACUACAUGGCCUUAAAGAAGAAGAACAUACUCACGGGUCUGUUCCGCUCGGUGAACGAUAGGAAGAUGACGGACUUCUUCCAGAACAACUUCAGCGAGGAUCGUUGGCGCCGCGCGGCACUCAAGAACGCCUAUGCUCUUCUGGGGAAGCAGAAGUUCACGCACGCGGCCGCCUUCUUCCUCUUGGCCAACGACCUCAAAUCCGCUGUGCAAGUGUGUUUGAAUAAUUUGGACGAUCCUCAACUGGCGAUGGUCCUCGUACGGUUGUACGACGGAGGCGAAGUCGAAACCUACCCGGAUAGUUUGAGACCGAUCGUCUAUUCGCACGUUCUGGGGUGCAACGAGAAAGGCGAGGACGCUCACGCUUCCCAGGCGCAUCCCGAUCCGUUCAUACGAUCGAUGGCCUAUUGGAUCCUGAAGCAUUACGAGGACGCGCUGGCGACUUUACUGCAGACGGAUAUCGGCUGCUCGCAUCCGGCAUACAAGGAACCGGCAGAAGGAAAGGACUCGUCUGCGGAUCCCGCCGUUUUCAACUUUUAUCUCUACCUGCGAACCCAUCCGUUCGUAGUGCGCCGGAAUCUCGCUCGUCUCAUGAAGGAUCGUCGACAGUCCCGAGCCAUAAUGCUCAGCGGCUUCAAUUCCGUGACCAACGGCGAUGCUUCAACCGACACGAUUACACCGUUGGAGCGUCGACUGUUUUUCACGACCGCACACGCGCACUUCAGAGCCGGCUGUCCUCCGCUGGCCCUCGAGGUCCUGUCCCGCUUACCGAAUUGCCAGCUCGACUCCGACCUGAAUACCUCGACCGACGACGGGCCGGACGCCCUCGACGACGGGGCGAUCAAGAGCGGGGAUGUCGAUUGGAGCCAGCCUGUCGUCCCGCAGAAAGCGAGCGAUUUCGACUGGGGACCGGCUCCGGUAUCAGAGAAAGCGACCGAUUUCGAUUGGUCGCAACCGGUACCGCAGUGCGCGGACGCCUUUGAUUGGAGUCAACCGAUCCCGUCCUCGAACACCGGGACCACAAUCAACGGAGGCUACGGAGAGAAGUCGCCACAAAUUAGUGCAAUGUCGAAGCCAGAGCCCGAGCUUACGAGUGGCGGCAAGAAAACCAAAGAGCUCAUCGACGUCAUGGCGCAACAACUCAAGUUUAUCGCUUGUUUGAAAAUAAUGAUGGAAGAGCUUUCGACGUUAGCUACAGGCUUGGAAGUCGACGGGGGACAACUCCGUUUCCAACUAUACGUUUGGCUGGAGAAAUGCGUCGCCGCCCUCCGACAGCUAUGUCAUUACGGGGCCAACGAGGCCACUGACCAACUGGUCGGUCAAAUGGCGGCUACCCGACAAAGCCAGGACACUGUGAUGCUUCACGAUGUCCUUCUGCAAGACAAGAAGGACUUCGAAGACAAGAUAGCUCGAGCAGCUCGCAGGAAACAGUGGCUGAAAAUGAACGAGACCCUCUUGAGGACUCUUUUGAGCUAUUCGGGGCUCCACGGCGCUCACGGGGGCGGCCUAGCUGCUGUGCGCAUGGAAUUGAAUCUUCUCUUGCAAGAACUGCAACAAGUUCGUACGCCUCAAGCCCUCUUGGCAUCACCCUUGCCAAUUCCGACGAGUCUGCCAUUGCUGGCGGCUAGCGUCGCGUCGAACAAAACUGUUGUAGCCGAUCCCGUGAGGCACGUCCAAUGUCUGGCUCACGACAUUCUGCAAACCAUCACUCAGGACCUUUCGCUACAAUUGCCCCAGAAGGGUGAUCUUACCAAGAUCAUGGUUUUACGUGAUUUGAGUCUUUCGCUUUCCGCUUGCGUAUAUCAAGCACUUUGUGACAGUGACAACAUACCUCAGAGACGUGUCGGUUCGAGACACGGUGACGACGACGUCUUGGGACCGCAAGCGGUUCUACAGAACAGUCUUCUGACGCCGAACUCACGCGAGCGUUCGAGUUCCGCGUCGACGAACGACCUUCUGCCGACUUCGGCACCUUCGAAAUGGCCCGGCGUCCAGAGUCUACGAGCGCUUAUGGCUCGUGACAAGGACGAAGACGCUCCGAAACUACACACUCUCCUUUGUGAAUGCUUCGUGGCGGUUUACAUGUCGUUGACCGUUCACGCUAUGGCCUCAAAAGACAGUCAAGUGCUCUUCAGACUCGUAGCUCAGAGAAUGAGUGAUGAAAUGUGGGCGGCUCUGUUCGGUGGGGGAGCUCAAAAACUCCUCAAGGUUCAAGUGAGUCAGACGGCGCUCGCAGGAUCUCGACCUCCAGCGGCGGCAACAGCAGCAUCCAGCGUAGACGCUCCAUGGGUACAGGCUCAGUCAGGGGAGUUCAAUAAUUUCUUUGUUCCAGGUCAAGACGCUGGAAUUUUCGACAGUAUCGCUCGCCAACGUUUCAAGUUCAACGUGAAACUACUGCCCCAACUCGUCGGUGAAAAAGCUCCGACCUCUCCACCACCCGCGGACAAGACUACUGAUGCGAGACCUACCUAUAAGGAAGUGUUCGUGCCCCCGACCCAGUCUAUGAUUGCUCGAAUACUGACGAAGCCUCACUUUGAGGAAAACCUUCUGCCUAUCGACUACGACUCAAGCGAGUAUGUCGACGACACUGAGAUCGAAGAGGAAUGGAAAGACGAAGUUUUCGAUGAGAAAUCCGCGGAUGGCAAGCCUUCGGGAGGGAAACUCGCGAAGUGUGCGUCUGGGGACUCGUUCGAGGAGGCCUAUUCGUGGAGCAUUAUCACGCUCUCUGUGCUCAAGCUCGCAUUGAAGAACCUGACGAAGUUCCUCCACACGGCUGGAAUCGAAUUCACGGAUCUGCCGGUGGCCAGUCCCCUGAUCCACGCAUCUCAAAAAGCGCUUGAGCAUUGGCUCGAUCAACAGAGAGAUAUCCUGGAGAAGGGACCGAGGGCCGUUGAUUUAUUGCCCAACAUGAUCGUGGACAGUUUCGUGCAUUCGGGCCCGGCGAUUCACAAAUACAAGGUCCUCCUCGAGACUGACAACACACCGUUCCGGGGUAAUUCACCCGCACUACGCGCGACGAAGCGGCUCUGGAACUAUCUCGUUCGACAAGAGGAAUGUCAGGACUUCUUUAUCAGAUACAUUUUCUCACCGCCUAAGAGACCUCCUUUGAUGCCCACGGACACCGAUGCCGACGUGGAAGAGGAGGUAAUCCGUCCAAUUAGAGUGAUACACAAAGAUCAGGAGAGCAUUUCGGCGUUCUGCAUCGAUCGGAUGAACGGCACCACAGCCACCGUCGCCACUCCGAAAGACAUGCAGGAGCUCGACAUCACUCGUCUCCUGAAUGACGUCGGCUGGCUCGAGAACGAAGCCGAAUUCGACAUCAUGAAUAGGAAUCAAGACACCAAUAGCGGUUGCAGCGAAUAUCUCGUCAUCGAGCACCCCAUAGAUCCUCAGCUCCUCGGUGCAGCUGCCAAUUCCGUGUCGUCGCAUGGGAACACCCCCAUAGCACCUCUACCAGCGAACUCCAUCGUGACGUCGGUCCAUCCUCAUGGAAAAAGCAACGUUAAUUUGAAAAACUUACACUUCCCUGGAAGUCAAAACCCGCAGUUUUGCGAGUUUGUUCUGUCUAGGAGUAGACUUAUGGUGCGAACGAGAGUCUCCAUCUCUAAUGGAAAACCCCCUCUUGAGCUCAAAAAGCACAAGGUAGACUCAGUACGCCGUCUCGCGUCGCACCCAUCGGAACGUCUAUACCUUUCUGGCGGUCAAGAUGGGGCCGUCCAGCUGUGGGAGUGGGGCCACGCAUCACCUGUGUGCACUCUACGCCUGCCUGGUACUCACGCCAAAGUGACAUCCUGUUGCUUCAACUCUCAGGGUAACAAGCUCGGAGUCACCGACGGCGAUGGUUUCAUAUCAUUAUGGCAGGCAAGCGCAGCUCGCACCGACCAGAUGCCGUUCUUUAAGACUCAGUGCCACAGCAAGCAAGCAUCGGAGUUUGCAUUUGCGGGAAGCUCGUCUCUUCUGGCUACGGGUGGACAGUCUUCGGAUGGCAAGAACGUCUGUCUCUGGGACACUUUGCUGCCCCAGAGGAAAGCCAUGAUCGGUUCAUUCCAAUGUCAUGAGCACGGCUGUUCUGCGUUGCUCUAUGCGCCCCACAAUAGGCUGCUCAUCUCGGCCGGCAAGAAAGGGGAUAUUGCGAUAAUUGACGUGAGGCAGCGCGUCCUUCAUCACAAAUUCCAGGCGCAUGAUUCCGCCGUCAAAUGUCUUUCUCUCGAUCCUCACGAAGAAUUCUUCAUCUCGGGCUCUGCCGACGGUGAUAUCAAGGUGUGGAGCCUCCCGGCGUACGGAUUGCAGCACUCUUUCAAGGGCGAACAUUCGAAAAACAGCUUGUUCCGCAGUAUGGCUUCCGGAGUCACCAAUCUUUACGUCGAUGAUCAUUCGAGGAUUUUCUCUUGCGGGGCGGACGGUUCUCUGAAACUUCGCCAGCUCCCUAACAAGGAGUCCGUCGUAGAGUUGGCUCCGUUCUGA